GGAGGAAGAGCGAAGGCGAGAAGCAGAAUUGAGGGGACAAGCGGAGGAAAACCAACGAAAGGCAGAGGAGGAAAGGGAUCAAGGAAGAGAACAGACGCGACAAACGACUUUCGGAGAGCUCAUUCAACUCUGCCACAAUCUGUUCUCGCGAUCCUUGAGGGUCGAAGAUCCGUCUCUCUCGACGACAGGAAAAAUACCACCACCCAAAGGGAAACGCUGUCCGUUGCGACUCCUCCCAUGGACUGACUCUGCAGCCAGACAGCAAGAAGUCUACCGCUCGGUCUGCAACUACCUAGAACCACCAGGGGAGGCUGCCGAACGGCUAUUCCCUCCGCGUCUUGUGCUGGAGGGCUUCGGGCAAGAAUUCAACAAAAGAGCUAUAAGCAGUGAACAGGAUCUAGAGAGUUACGAACGAUUUGGCGUGGAGAACCAUGUUCGUGACAUAAUCGCAGAGCUCUGCAAGAUUCCUGCCGCCCGAGAUGAAUUCCACCUAGGCGAUGGGGUCUGGUUCGACAGCCACGCUAACGCCCUCGAUCCAGUUGAAGUCGACCUCUCCCAAGCAACCGAACCCUCGACUUCCCGGCGUUCUAGGCCGGAUCAGUUUUGCAUACGUCGUGUCGACGGCGAUACCAGGACCCUCCUUACGACAGUUGAGUACAAACCACCUCAUAAGUUAUCCGUCCGGAACCUUCGCGCGGGAUUGCGACCGAUGGACUUCUGGACCGAAGUGGUCAGGCCUAAUUCCGUCCCUACGGAGGAACCUGAGAAAUUGAGAUACAAUGCAGCUCUGCUAACGGGCUCAGCGGUGGUCCAAGAGUAUCAUGUGAUGAUCCAAGAAGGGCUCGAAUACUCCUAUCUGACGAAUGGACUGGCUUUGGUUUUGCUGCGAGUCCCCUACGAAGACCCGAGUAUCCUGUACUACCAUCUCUGUGAACCCAACAUGGAAGCGAACCAGGAACACAGCCAGGACUUCCGGCAACCGGUAACAACGGUCGCGCGUGUAUUAUGUCUAUGUCUGAUGAGCUUCGGUUCCCGAUUCCGUGAUCAGGAGUGGCGGAAUAAGGCACUGGCGCAGCUGCCUGUCUGGACGACGAGUUUCGCUCACAUACGGUCAGAAAUCCCGCAAACAGAAUUGCAAAGAGAUCCUCCUGGUUCAGACUACACUCCCUCCGUGAGCGCGCGUACCGUCUCGGAGUAUUUACCGUCAUCUCCCUCAGUCGAAUCUUCUACAAAAGGACGUCGGGUGCUGACCCGGUCUGGAGCUCGCUGUGCACCGACGAAUACGACACGCGAUGAUUCUCCUGAUUCCGAUACAGACCAAGCUCCAGGAAGACGGAAGCGUGGCUUUAGCCAGAUCACAUCGCCUCCAUCGUCUCCAUCCGUAAAACGAUCGGCGCGCCAGUCAGGUUCCCGAGAUAUUCAAAGCGGUCAAUCUCAACAACAUAGCGCACAGUUUUGUACUCAGCGGUGUCUACUUGGCCUGCAGCAGGGUGGCUUGCUAGAUGAUCACUGCCCGAAUGUGAAGUUCCACCUGCAGGGGGGGGAGGGCAGUCGGCAUCUUAUCAAUGCCGAGGACUUGGUUCAACAGAUUAAACAGCAGCUGGAUAAAAAUAUUGACGACUGUACACCGAUGGGAGGCUGUGGAGCAUCCGGAGCUCCGUUUAAGAUCACGUGCGCUGCGUAUGGGUAUACCCUUGUCGGCAAAGGAACUACAUCCCGACUCUGGAACGAGGUGUCGCGCGAAGCAGAUAUUUAUCGCAUACUUUCGAAAGUGCAGGGUUCAGCAGUUCCUGUGUUCCUCGGAGCGAUCGACUUGGCCAAGAUCUACUUUUUGGAUGGGGCUGGGGCGAUUCGCCACAUGCUACUCAUGUCUUGGGGAGGCGAGCCUAUCAGCAAAAUCCAGCUUGACGAGGCGAUCAAGCAUGAAAUCUCGCGGUCUCAGAAGAAGAUCCGUUCACUGGGAGUUUUGCAUCAGGACCUCCGCCCGGAUAAUUUCCUGUGGAACGCCGAGCUAGGCCGGGUUUUGAUCAUUGACUUUCAUCGUUCUGAAUUGGAUGGCCGACCGGCAAAAAAGAGAGCGAGGUCACGCGAGCAGCUCUCGUGCGCGGCAGAGGAACACUGGCGAAAACGACGUCGUGCAGUCUACAAAUGAAGGCAAUCUGGGGGUCUGCAUUUCCUCCCAAGAUAUGUCGAACGGUAAACAUUGGCCAGGCGUAUUGAUCAGUUGACCAAGAUCUCACGCAAAAUAUAUACUGUACCCGUAUUCUGGAGCGACCAUACUGGAGCUAUCCUUACUCCGGAGCGAACCAUGCUCGGAGACGGUGGCGGCUGGGGACAAACAGUAGACGCUAGUAGAAAGUUGCACAAGUGGAAUUAUGGCCGCAUUCCAACAGUAGCAAAAUGGCAUGAUGAACAGUGCUUUAUAUGCUCCUCGCAGGCACCAGAACUUCAAUGUCUUGGAUCUAAAGAGUGUCGCCCAAGAUGCGCGAAAUGCUUUAUGUUUGCGGAAUAAAACGCGCUUCUUGACAAUCUUUUUCUUGAAAAAGAAGAAAGAAAGAAAGAAAGAAAAUACUGAACAUGCUACGCAAUUAGAAUACGUGGCUCUGCGCCAGAAUCGUGGCCCUUAUCGCUA